AUGGAGCGCUGGGCGUACGGCUCGCUGUGGGCGGCGCUGGCCGGCAGCCUGGCGCUGCGCGCCGCGCGCCGCGACGUGGUGCUGGGCCGGGCGCUCGUGCUGCCCGUGGCGCUGCUGGCCGCGCUGCAGAGCCUGUGCCGCGCCUGCCUGCCGCUGCCCCUGGGGCUCGCGCUCGCCGCCGCCGCCGCCUGCCUGCUGCUGCGGCGGGCCCCGCCGCGCCGCCUGCUCCCGGUGGCCGGCAGAGCCGUCCUCGUCACAGGCUGCGACUCCGGCUUCGGCCAGGCGACUGCGCGGCGCUUGGAUGCCCUGGGAUUCCGGGUGUUCGCCAGCGUGCUGGACCUGCAAGGCGCUGGGGCCCAGGAGCUGCAGAAGAGCUGCUCGCAGAGGCUCACACUGCUGCAGAUGGACCUGACCAAGCCAGAAGACAUCCAGCGUGUCCUGCAGCACAUCCAGGCUCACACCAACAGCACAGGGCUCUGGGGCCUGGUGAACAACGCGGGCUUCAACGACACCAUCGCCGACGCCGAGCUCUCGCCCCUGGGCAAGUUCCGCACCUGCAUGGAGGUGAACUUCUUUGGCUCGCUGGAGCUCACCAAGGGGCUGCUGCCCCUGCUCCGCGCCGCCGGCGGCCGCAUCGUCACCGUGAGCAGCCCGGCGGGGGACCUGCCCUUUCCCUGCCUGGCGGCCUACGGCGCAUCCAAGGCGGCCCUCAGCCUGCUCAUGGACACCUUCCGCAGCGAGCUGCAGCCCUGGGGCGUCAAAGUCAGCCUCAUCCUGCCCGGCUACUACCGAACAGGGACAACAUGCGACCCGGCCUUCUGGAACCUGCGCAAGCAGCAGCUGGUGGCCAGCCUGCCCCAGGAGCUGCUGCAGGCCUACGGCGAGGACUACGUGGAGGAGAUCAACCGGCAGUUCAUCCAGUUCAUGAAGGUGGCGGUGGAGGACCUCAGCGCGGUGGUGGACAGCAUCACGGACGGGCUCCUCGCUGCCAAUCCAGCCGUGCGCUACUACCCAGGGCAAGGCCUCGGCCUCAUGUAUUUUAUACACCGCUACCUGCCCUACUUUGUCCGAGACUUGUUCCUCAAAGGAUUCUUCAUCAACCCCAAGCUGCCCCGAGCGCUGCGGCAGGAGCACCACAAGAACAUGAAGAAGGCCUGACCACAGCCUGCGUGCCAUCGCGGGGCAGGAGGGAACCUGCGCCCCUUAGCACCACAGCAGCCAGCCCCCCGAGCGCGCGCCCAGCCUGGCCCGCCCAGGACCGAUCAGCACUAGAUACAAAACCAAAUCGCUUUCUGAAAUCAGGCAGAUCUAUUUUCUAUGUGUGAGAAUCAGCAUUUUCUAGGAGCCUUGUUUUUGUAUUUGUUGUUUUUUUCCUAUCCGCGCGUCCUGCGGCGCAGCCCCUCCUGGCCGAUCCUCCGGGCUUCGGCGCGUGCCGCUGUGACGGACCUCACGUGUUCCGCAGCUACRUGACGUUUUCCCGGCCGCUGCUGGAGCUGCGAGGGCUCCUCUCCGUUGUCUCUUGGCUGAGUCAAGUCCCUGACCCUCUGCCUGCUGCCACGUGGGCGCCUGACCGGCCUCAGCGCAGCUCAUCACACACUCCACGUGCUCCCUGGGAUAGCAGGGGGCAGGCCGGGCUGCAGAGCUCUUCACCAGAUGAACUAUGUGAUUAUCACUUUGAAAAAUAAAUCUAUUCUUAAUAUG